AUGAUUGUGCCUGUAUGGAUCUCCAGCAAAGAAGAUCCUAGUGAAGAGAUGUUAGUAUAUGCACUACUUGAUACACAGUCUGAUACCACAUUUGUAUUGAAUCAUGCUGCAGAGCAGCUCAAAACAAAGUCAGAUCCAGUUAGUCUUCGUUUAACAACCAUGACUUCAAGUGAUCGUGUUAUUCCCUGCAGAAAGUAUCCCAAUCUCAGUGUUCGUGGAUUUGAUUCUGAUGUAAUGGUUACACUACCAACUGCAUACUCGUUAGAGUACAUUCCAGUCAACAAAUCGCAUAUACCAACUCCUGAGAUUACAGAAAAAUGGCCUCAUCUCCACCAAAUCGCUCAUAGGAUACAUCCCAUACAGAAGUGUGAAGUAGGUCUAUUAAUCGGUUAUGAUUGUCCCCAAGCCAUUGCACCUCGUAACUGCAUCACAGGAGUGGGAAAUCAACCAUUCGCCAUAGAAACAGACCUGGGAUGGAGCAUAGUUGGGCAGAUGACACAGGCAGAAGAGAGUGAAAAUAUUUUCGGUGUUUCCCAUAGAAUACUUACCAAGGUAAUACCAGACAACUUGGUACUCAGCAUUAAUGGUACUGGGGAUGUACAUAACUCUUAUGAAAAGCAGUAUACACCAUCAGAGAUUUGCUAUGCUUUCAAGACUUCAACAAAAGAACAGAUUGUCAGUCCUUUGGAUGUAGUGAAGUUACUUGAAUCUGACUUUAAUGAAACCAGAACUGAUGAAGUGUUUAUGUCUCAGGAAGAUUUCCGGUUCAUGAAGAUUAUUGAGAAUGGUAUUCACAAGGGAGAUGAUGGGCUUUAUACAAUGCCACUCCCGUUUAAACAUGAUAAACCUAAAUUGCCAGACAACAAGAUUAUGGCAGAGAAUCGCUUGCAGUACCUUCGGCGUCGAUUUAAGAGUGAUCCUAAGUACUUAAAUGACUAUAAAGUGUUCAUGCAGAGCAUCAUUUCAGCGGGCGAUGCAGAAUUAGUUGAGAAACAAGAAGAAGAAGUUGGACAUGUCUGGUACAUACCUCACCAUGGAGUCUACCACCCCAAAAAACCUGGUAAAAUACGUGUUGUAUUUGACUGUAGUGCCAGAUACAAAGGAACAAGCCUAAAUGACCAUUUAUUGCAAGGUCCAGACCAAAUAAAUUCUCUUGUUGGUGUUCUUUGUCGCUUCCGGAAAGAGAAGAUUGCUAUCAUGUGUGAUAUCGAGAGAAUGUUCCAUAGAUUCAGAGUAGCAGAGCAGGAUAGAGAUUUUCUUCGAUUUCUUUGGUGGAAGAAUGACGAUAUAGAUUCUGACCCAGUUGUAUACAAGAUGAGAGUACAUCUCUUUGGUGCAGUGUCUUCACCGGGGUGUGCGAAUUAUGGUCUUAAACGUAUAGCUAAAGAUAAUCAACAGUAUGGUAGUGAUGUAGUCUACUUCGUUAACAGGAAUUUUUAUGUAGAUGAUGGCCUGCAAAGUGUUGAAUCAGUGUCUAAAGCUGUUAAACUCAUUCAAGAUGUUCGUGAUCUUUGUGCAGAAGGGAAUCUUCGUCUGCACAAAUUUGUUUCCAAUAGCAGGGAUACUAUGGAAUCGAUACCUAUCUCAGAGCAAGCACAAGGCAUCAAGGACUUAGAUCUUUCUUCCAGUGACCUACCAGUAGAAAGAGCCCUCGGUGUUGAAUGGUGUGGAGAAUCAGAUUCCUUUCAGUUUAGACCAGCCAUUAGAAAUCAUUCCCCUAUCCUGUCAACUGUAGCUUCGAUAUUUGAUCCACUUGGAUUUCUUGCACCACUUGUCUUGUGUGGUAAAUGUAUUUUACAGGAGAUGUGCAAGAAGGGUAUGGAAUGGGAUGAACCCCUACCAGAUAAUCUUAGUACAAAAUGGGAAUCAUGGCUUUCUGAAAUUCCUAAGUUGGCUGAUCUCAAAAUCAGGAGAUGCUACAAACCAGAAGGUUUUGAAGACUUGAAGAAAGUUGAGCUGCACCAUUUUUCAGAUGCUAGUCUUACAGGAUAUGGACAAUGUUCCUAUCUGAGAUUAGUUGAUGUUCAUAGUAACAUACAUUGCUCCCUUGUCUUAGGAAAAGCAAGAGUCACUCCUCUGAAACCAGUGACUGUUCCCAGGUUGGAACUUCAAGCUGCAGUUACUUCCAUUAAAGUCAGCAACUUCCUAAACAAAGAAUUAGACUAUGAAAACAUAGACAAUUUCUACUGGACAGACUCAAAGGUAGUACUUGGUUAUAUCGGAAAUGAUGCACGUCGCUUCCAUAUAUAUGUGGCAAAUCGCAUACAGAGAAUUAAAGAUGCUCCUGUAGCUGAGCAGUGGCACUACAUUCCCAGUGCAGAAAACCCUGCAGAUCAUGCAUCCCGUGGCCUAGAUGUGGCAGGCUUGCAGAAGUCAAACUGGGUCACCGGUCCAGCCUUUUUAUGGAAUGAAGAACUACCAUCUUUUGGCAAUAUGAACAUAGAUCUACAAGAAUAUGAUCCGGAACUGAAAACUGAAAAGGUGUUGGCUACUACCGUAGUUACUUCACCAAUGCUGCAUCAUUUGGAGUGCUUCUCAGACUAG